UGAUAUCGCUUUAAAGAAUGCCAUAUAACUAUGCUUGUUCAUUUCUGUCCUUCACAGGAGGAUAUUACACAGAAAACUUGCUGAAUCAAACCGGCUUCAGAGUCAUGGUGCUCAACACCAACCUCUAUUACGACCAGAACAAACUGACAGAAAACAUCCAAGACCCUGCAGACCAGUUCAGGUGGGCUCAUCGAGUGCUUCAGGACGCUGCCAAAAAUCAUGAGAAGGUUUACAUCAUCGGCCACGUCCCUCCAGGGGUUUUUGAGAAGAAGCGAGAUAAGGCCUGGUUCAGAAAGGAGUUUAAUAAGCUGUACAUCGACCUCAUACAGAAGCACAGCGCUGUUAUCCUGGGCCAGUUCUUCGGCCAUCACCACACCGACAGCUUCCGCAUGUUCUACAGCUCCAACGGAUCUCCAAUAAGUGCGAUGUUCCUGACACCAGGCGUUACGCCCUGGAUAACGACACUACCUGGUGUGAAAGAUGGCGGAAAUAACCCUGGGAUUCGCAUCUUUGAGUAUGACACUAGAACACUGGAGAUCAAGGAUAUAGUCACCUACUACCUGAACUUGACGCACGCAAACAUGGCGCGAGCGCGCUGGGAGAAGGAGUACCGCCUGACGGAGGCGUUUCGGGUGCCGGACGCCUCUCCUGCCUCGAUGCACCGCGUGAUGGAGCGCAUCGCCAGCGACUCGUGCUCUCUGCAGAAGUACUUCGAGUUUAACUCGGUGGGUUACGACCUGACGGAGUGCCACGCCGACUGCCGCGUCGAUCACGUGUGCGCGGUGAGAGAGGUCGACUUCGAGGCUUACGAGCGCUGUGUGCUGAAGGAGGGAGGGUCAUCCACGGCACCAGUGCUGUUCACUCUGCUUCUGUCUCUGAUGAUGAGUCUGCGGUGCUUCAACUGAUCACAGAACAGCAUCAGCGCCAGCUUAAGUCUCAAUAUCACCAGUAUUUCUAGUAGCCAAAAUGAAUAACUUUAGUAUUUGCAGUAGUCAACAUUUGAAGUGGAUCAAUGAAAACUUUCAUCAAAGCUAGACAUGCAUUUUGAAUUUGAACAAUAGCCAUCUUAGGACAACUUUGAUGAACUUUUUUUUUUAUACACUUCAAAUGUUGACUACUUUAUUUGGGGCCUGAUUUACUAAACAGGGCAGAUUAGCACGAGAGCAUGAGCCCAUAAAAGUGUAAAUUUCUGAACGUGAUUUACAGACAAAUGAAAGAUCACAGACACAUCAUUUCCAUAAUGACCAACACAAUCCACCAAGACAGAUCAAACUAGCGUCUGGUUGAAGAUGUGCUUUUUUAUGGGAGGUGAAUAAUGCCAGUAAAGUGAUGAGCGCAAACCUUAGUAAAUCACCUUGCAUGAUUCAUAUAAAUUCUGUCCUCCCAUAAAUGUUGUGUUUGAAAGGGAAACUCCAGCAAAUGCAUAUGCAAUAAUAUCAGCCGCAAAAAAUAACCCUGCCUUUUCAGCUAAGCGCUCAUUUUUUUUACUGCAUGUCUUUACUAAAUCCUUAAAUCCCUAAAAACGGUAGUUUUUAACACUAAAUAAAAAGAGGGUUUGCGCUGGAGCUGUUAGUAGAUCUGGCCCUAUCUAU